UCCAGUCCUUUCUGACUAAAGGAAUUUUUCUUCCAGCUCCAUUUCAGCUGGUCUCAGGGGAGGCCUCUUCAUAUUCACAAUGUACAGACUGAACAAACGGGUUCGAAAACUGCUCUUCUCUUCCCUGGUACAGCAGGAAAUCGGCUUCUUUGAAGCAACUCGGACUGGUGAUAUCACAUCACGCCUCUCCACUGACACUGCCCUCAUGAGUCGUUCCAUUGCAGCCAAUGUGAACAUCUUCCUGCGAAGCUUGGUGAUGACAGUCGGGGUCCUCUUCUUCAUGGUGUCCCUCUCAUGGCAGCUCACCUUGCUGAUAUUUAUAGAGUCUCCUCUCACCAUAGUGCUUCAGAAGCUUUAUAAUAAGUAUCAUAUGCACAUACAACUCGCAAUGCAGCUGAUCAUGUUGUACACUGGACAGCACCUGAUCCGGAAUGGACAGAUGAGUAGUGGGAAUCUUGUCGCUUUCAUCUUGUACCAGGGAGACUUCGGCUCUUACGUCCGGACCCUGGUUCACAUGUACUCGGAGAUGACCCACUCAGUGGGAGCAGCUGAGAAAGUGUUUGAUUACCUGGACCAGAAGUCCACAGUUCCCACGGAUGGGAACCUGGUAAAGGAGACUCUGAAAGGACAUGUGGAAUUCCAGAAUGUGUCCUUUUCUUAUCCAACGAGACCCAACAUUCAGGCCUUAAAGAACGUGUCCUUUAAGCUGAAGUGUGGUGAGAUCACGGCCCUGGUGGGACCCUCUGGUGGGGGCAAGACGCCGUGUGUGAAUCUGCUCGAGAGAUUUUAUCAGCCUCAGUCUGGACAGAUCCUGCUGGAUGGUAGACCCAUCGAGGAAUAUGAACACAAAUAUGACCACAACAAGUUGGGCGUUGUGGGACAGGAGCCUGUGCUGAUGGCGCUCUCUGUCAGGGAGAAUAUCUGUUACGGCCUCCAGAACUGUCCAAUAUCAUCGGUCACUGCAGCAACUCAAAAAGCUAAUGCCCACAAAUUCAUCGAGAGGCUGGAGCAUGGCUACAAUACAGAUGUCGGAGAGGCAGGAGGACGGCUCUCUGCUGGAGAGAAACAGAGAAUAGCCAUUGCUCGGGCACUCAUCCGGAAACCUCAAAUCCUCAUCCUCGAUGAAGCAACAAGCUCACUCGACUUGGAAAGUGAGCACACGAUCCAGCAGGUGUUAUCGAAGGACACGGGACAAACCAUCCUGGUUAUUGCCCACCGUCUGAAGACCGUGGAAAAGGCUGACAAGAUCAUCGUGAUUGAGAGAGGAAUGGUGAUGGAGGAGGGAAAGCACGAGGAAUUAAUGGAGAGAAAAGGCUGCUAUUUCUGUCUGCUGCAGAGACUGUCUCACAACGGGGAGUAGGGCACAGCUGAGUUUUAACCAGACUCUGAAACAGAGGGCACGGAGCUGUGAUUAAAAUCACCCCUCCCUGAAACACA